AUGGAGUCCCCCACAUCGUACCCCCCGGAGUCUCCCAUGGAGCAGGAGGAUAUUCCAUUCCCUUGCAAGGGCUGUGGAGAGAUUUUGGAAGAAGGCAAAGCUUUCGAGCUUGCCGGAAAUCGAUGGCAUAUCGACUGUUUCCGCUGCAGCUCGUGCAGCACACUCCUAGAUUCGGAUGCGCAUCUUCUACUCCUCGGAGACGGCUCAUUGAUCUGCAGCAAUUGUACCUACAGUUGCAGCUCAUGUGGGAACAAGAUCGAGGAUUUGGCCAUCCUGACUGGCGAACAAGCUUUCUGUGCCCAAUGCUUUCGAUGCCGGAACUGCAAAAGGAAAAUCGAGAAUUUGCGCUAUGCGCGGACGUCGCAGGGAAUCUUUUGCAUGGAUUGCCACGAGUCUUUGAUGCAACGACGAAGAAAGAAGAAUCGUGCGGCAACGUCUAAGAAGCAUACUGGUCCCGGUGUAAAGUUAGACAAAUCGCUCCCUUCGCUGCCUCCUGAAGAGGUCGAGCCCCAUCCGCAAGCCGCAGAUGACCUCUCUGUUGACGGGUAUGUUGACUCGUCGAUGGAGGCGGGCUCUCGAACGGCAGCGCCUGCGCUGGACGCGGGAACCUCGUCUGUGGAUAAUCAAGAUAAUUUGAUCCUGCCAUCGAGCACGUAUCGCAGCAACCGGCUUUCUGUCGUCCCUACCGAACCGGAUGCAGACGGUGGAGAGUUUUUGAUUCCGCUCGCAUUCGAUCCCUCCGAAGAACAGAGACCCCCUCGCGACCACUCCACCAGGUCUCCAGAGCGCGCCCCAAUGGAGAACUCGUCUCCCCACAUUGCCUACCAGGAAAAGGGUCGGGAGCGCCCCGAACCCGAAUCUCAUCGCUGGCGUCAAGAUGAUUCUCUCAAUAGGGCAGCGAGUUCAAACUCUGCUCGAAGUUCUAGGUCGGACCUACCGGUGGGUCAUAAAGGAAGCAGCUCUUAUUCCACGUAUGACAAGUCGUCAACGGCCCAUGGGAGAGACGGCUCGACUGUUGACCCAAGAACUGCGGCUACGGAGAGUACGACUACAUUGCCCACUCGUCCCUCUUACGAGCUUCGUCGCCUGCACGAGAACGGAGGAUCCUCAGACUCGUCACCAGCUGUCGCUCAUCCCAAGCGUGGAGAUUCACUAGAAAGUAGGCACCAUAAACUUCCUCGAAAGGAAACUGUGCAAUCUCCUGGUGCUACUCCAGCCCCUCAAAGCGAUCAGUGGAGUGAGAAGUCUGUGGACACUUUGAACAAAACAACUGCUCAAACUGGAGAGUCGCCACGGCUUCCGCGUAGUGACUCUUACGAACAGCCGAAAUCCCGCGCGCGUCCAAAUUCGAUCUGCACCCCUCAGCAGCCAGACGCAUUCCGCUCUGCGGACUAUGGAGCAACUCCUUCACCUCUGCGUUACAGUGGCGGGGGUGAUUUCUCUAUGGACGAGGAUAUGGCGAGAAUCAUGGGUUCAGAAGAACAGCACUCGCAAAACAGCGAAUCAUUCCUCCGCAGAAUGUCCAACUCGGUGCGCCAUGGUCGAAGCUAUAGUGACAAGGGCACACGGUUAUCAAAGGACGCAAAGUGGCCUAAAACUCCUGUCAACGGGUCUGCCAAUGCUUCAGCCAGCUCUCCGGAGCAAAUGGGAACCGACGAAGUAACAUGGCUUCGGAGCGAGCUGCGAAAGGAGCGUCAACGGGUCCUUCAGCGGGAUCAGAAGAUUGCGGAGAUGGAGUCUGUCCUCAAAGCUACUGCUGAUGUGAAGCAGGUCAACACGGAGCUUAAUGAGAAACGAUCGACUAUGGUGGUGUUGGACGCCCAAAAGGAGAUUGUCAUGCGGGAGCUCACUGUUUUGACUGAGCACCUCGAGUCUGAAAAGCGUGGUGGCAGUAGUGGUCCCCUUGACCUGAGUAAACUUACCAACAAGGUCCUGCGGGACUUUGUGGAGUCUAUCCAGAAUCUGAAAGAUUCUUUCACGCCUCAGAUUGAAGAGUUGAUCCAGAAACGCAAUGAGGCUGCUGAGGAGCUUGCAAAGAUCAACAGCCAGAAGGAUAAGAGCUUCCAAGAAUUCGAGCAACUGUCCUCAAAGAACGCCCAGCUGGCUGAACUGAACAAUCAACUCGUCCAUCAAAUCCAAGAGCUAUACAAGGCAAAUAACUCAGACGGACGCGGUGCCAACGGUUUGGGCAUUUACUCGCACGGGAAGGAGAAGUCUUUAUCCUCAAUUGAUGCACUGAAGGCCACGGGUGAAUUGGCACAGUCGGUCUCCACUCCUAAUAUGUCUGAAGAGGCUGAGCCGGCCACCGUUGUUCCUGGUCCCCAGGUUGUUAGCAUUCGUAAAGGACAGCCUCGCAAGUUCAACUGGAAGAAAGGAGGCCAGAACGUCGCCAAAGGAGUCACGAAAGGUCUCAAGGGAGCGUUCAUGUCCAGCGAAAAUAACACUAGUACCGCGGAUGGCGUUCCUGGCCUACCACGCUCUCAGACACAAGACCCUAGUCGUCAGGGCUUUGGCUUUUUCGGAAACCAGCGUAACAAGCAAACGGGCACCAGAAUGCCGCAGACCGACAGCGUCCCAGCCUUGGCCGAAACCUCCCCAGCAGGACUAUUCGGAACCGAUUUGGAGCAACGCAUGGAGCAUGAAAAGAGCAUUAUUCCGGGUAUUAUCACUCGAUGUAUCCAAGAGGUUGAGUUACGAGGCAUGGACAUGGAAGGGAUAUACCGAAAAUCUGGCGCUAGCUCAGCUAUCCAGACAAUUCGAGAAGGCUUCGAGCGGUCUCCUCAGGAUUAUGAUAUUUCAGACCCUGAUUUGGAUAUUCACGCCGUGACAUCGGCCCUCAAGCAAUACUUCCGCAAACUACCCAUGCCUCUCAUCACGUACGACGUUUACGAAAAAAUUAUCGAAACAGGGGAGAUCACUUCGCACUCUGGUCGUGUCGAAGCGUUGCAAAAGAGCCUCGGAGAGUUACCGCGUGUUCAUCAGGAUGUGCUUGAGUUCCUCGUGUUUCACUUGAAGCGUGUCGUGGAACGGGAGAAAGAAAAUCUGAUGACAAGCCAAAACAUUGCCGUUGUCUUUGCGCCGACAAUCAUGCGGCCACAGAGUCUCGCACGAGAGAUGACGGAUGUUCAAAAGAAGAAUGAGGUGGUCAAGUUCCUGGUGGAUAAUUGCCAGGAAGUUUUCAUGGGCAUGCAAAAUAACAACUAA